GCCAGCGGGCCGUGCCCCGGCCCCUCGCAGCCCCUCGGCAUGGCGCGGGCGGCCCGGCUGCUGCUCGCAGCGCUGCUCUGCGGAGUGACAGAGUGUCGAGGGGUGCUGGACAACAAUCAGCGCUUUUCUUCGUUACCGACGUACCUCCCCGUGAGCUACCGGCUCUUCAACGCCGACGUUUCCUUCUUCCUCAAGGAGGCCAACCAGGACUUCAUGAGGAACUCCAGCCUGCAGUCCCGGGUGGAAUCCUUCUUCCCCUACAAAGCCAGGAGACCUCCGGUGCUGAACGCCAGCUACGGCCCCUUCUCCGUGGAGCAGCCGGUGCCGCAGGACCUCCUGCCGGCCUCCAGCCCCUUCGGCCCCAGCAGCCAGUUCACCUACAACUGGAAGCUGCAGGCCUCCAUCCUGAGCAGCAAGAUCUACCUGAGCAAGCCGCGGGUGCAGGUGCUGUUCCACGUGGCGGGCAGGGACUGGGACGAGCGCGGCCCCGCCGAGCGGCUGCCCUGCCUGCGCGUCUUCGCCUUCCGCGAGACGCGCCAGGUGCGCGGCAGCUGCCGCCUGCGCGGGGACCUGGGGCUCUGCGUGGCACAGCUGGAGCUGCUGCCCGCCUGGUUCAGCCCGCCCAGCGCGCCCACGGGCCGCAGGAAGCAGCUGGAGCAGCUGGAGGGCAGCCCCGUGGAGCUCUACUACUCCAUCCAGGCCGGGGAUGAGAAGGGCGAGUGCACGGCCGAGGACGCGCGGAAGGGAAACGCCAUCCGGCCCGGGAAGGAUGGAGGGGAUGACGGCGUGUCCCAGCUGCAGAGGAUCGGCUCUGUCAGCCUCUACCACGGGCAGGAGGCCUCGCAGCUGGCAGAGCUGCGGCUGGACGGCAACGUGGUGCUGUGGCUGCCCUCCAAGCCCGUCAAGCAGGGUGAGGUGGUGAACGUGUACGUGACCAUCGCCAACAACUCCACCGUGGGUCAGUUCAUCCUCAGGUAA